GUGAGAGACUAAGUCCUGCGGCGGGGAGGUGGAGGCGAACUGGACCGCCCGGCCCUACUGGGAGGAAGUGUCAGUCAAGGUUACAGGUGCGGGCGUGGGGACCGGGCCUGAACUUCACUCCAGUUGGUGGAGCCGAAGAAAGGGGCCGGGCCGGGUCCCCGCCCCUCGCGCCCCGAAUGGAUGUGCCCGGCCCGGUAUCCCGGCGGGCGGCGGCGGCGGCGGCCACCAUGCUCCUGCGUACCGCUCGGGUCCCCCGCGAAUGCUGGUUCCUGCCCACCGCGCUGCUCUGCGCCUACGGCUUCUUCGCCAGCCUCAGGCCGUCCGAGCCCUUCCUGACCCCCUACCUGCUAGGGUCCGACAAGAAUCUGACCGAGAGGGAGGUCUUCAAUGAAAUUUACCCAGUAUGGACUUAUUCUUACCUGGUGCUGCUGUUCCCUGUGUUCCUUGCCACAGACUACCUCCGUUACAAACCUGUUGUUCUGCUACAAGGACUGAGCCUUAUUGUUACAUGGUUCAUGCUGCUCUAUGCCCAGGGACUUCUGGCUAUCCAGUUCUUGGAAUUCUUAUAUGGCAUUGCCACAGCCACUGAAAUUGCUUAUUACUCCUACAUAUACAGUGUUGUAGACUUGGGCAUGUACCAGAAAGUUACGAGUUACUGUCGAAGUGCCACUUUGGUGGGCUUCACAGUGGGCUCUGUCCUAGGACAAAUUCUUGUUUCAGUAGCAGGCUGGUCCCUGUUCAGCUUGAAUGUCGUCUCUCUUACUUGUGUUUCUGUGGCUUUUGCUGUUGCCUGGUUUUUGCCUAUGCCACAGAAGAGCCUGUUCUUUCACCAUGUUCCUUCCUCCUGCCAAGGAGUGAAUGGCAUCAAGGUACAAAAUGGUGGCAUUGUUACUGACACCUCAGCUUCUAACCACCUUCCUGGAUGGGAGGACAUUGAGUCAAAAAUCCCUCUAAAUUUGGAGGAGCCUCCCACAGAGGAACUGGAACCAAGGCCAGACCGCCUCCUGGUGUUGAAGGUUCUAUGGAAUGAUUUCUUGAUGUGUUAUUCCUCCCGCCCUUUGCUCUGUUGGUCUGUAUGGUGGGCCCUUUCCACCUGUGGCUAUUUUCAAGUUGUGAACUACACACAGGGCCUGUGGGAGAAGGUGAUGCCUUCUCGCCAUGCUGCUAUCUAUAAUGGUGGUGUAGAAGCCGUUUCCACCUUACUCGGUGCUAUUGCUGUGUUUGCAGUUGGUUAUAUAAAGAUAUCCUGGUCAACUUGGGGAGAAAUGACGUUAUCUCUGUGUUCUCUCUUGAUUGCUGCUGUAGUGUAUAUCAUGGACACUGUGCAUAACAUUUGGGUGUGUUACGCAUCCUAUGUUGUCUUCAGAAUCAUCUACAUGUUGCUCAUCACCAUAGCAACUUUUCAGAUUGCUGCAAAUCUCAGCAUGGAACGCUAUGCCCUUGUGUUUGGUGUAAACACUUUCAUUGCCCUGGCAUUGCAGACUCUGCUCACCAUAAUUGUGGUAGAUGCAAGUGGCCUUGGCUUAGAAAUUUCCACUCAGUUCCUGAUUUAUGCCAGUUAUUUUGCACUCAUCGCUGUGGUUUUCCUGGCUAGUGGUAUAGUCAGUGUUGUAAAGAAAUGCAGAAAGCGGGAAGAUCCAGAACCAAGUUCUCAAGAAACUACUUCAUAACAUACUGCUGAAGGGCUGCUUCUUACUGCAAGAACCCUGCACAGGAAUUGCCUGGAUAUAUUUAAUAUUUUCAAGUUUAGACAAAUAUUUAUGAACAUGCAACUGCUGGCUUCAAAGCAACCACUCAGCUAACACCUUUAUCCCUGGAGUAACAUGAUGCCGUUGAGAGAAGCCAGAAGUGAAGUUUCUUUCAUAUUAUUUAUGAGAGUGAAUUUAAGGAUGCCUUUUUUUUCUAAUUCGAAAGUAAACUUGAUUUUGGAAAUCAAGUAAUCCACAGAAGUCAAGCAGCACAUGGUGUUGUAUACUUGAUUAGCAAAUGAGUGUAUGUUUUAUAGGUCACAAAUGACUUUGUAAUCCAGUCAGCCAGACCCUUGGCCUGGUGGGACCAGAUCCUUACAGAGUCCACAGGAUGUUACAAAUCAUGAUAGAAAUAUGAUCUAUCAGCACUUGCCCCUAUUCAACUUCAUUCUAAUUUUUGUGUUUCUCGUGUGCAUUUGUGUUUUUACAGAUGAAUUUUGUGGCAAUAUUUGCUCUGUUUUAAUGUUCUGUCCUAUAAGGAGUAUGUGUCAUUUUUAAUUUAAAAAAUUCAUUGUAUGAAUGUUCUUGGUUCCUCUCUUGACCAUUAUGUAUUUGUGAAAAUGUUCCUUAGAAGUAGAUUUUUGCAUUAUUCAUAUGCUUCCCAGAGAAGCUCAUUUAGUCAGAAAUGAAGGCAAGUUUUAAAGCCUAAUAAUGUAAAUGAAGAGAUCUAAUCAGACAACUUAAGGUAUGUUUGCUUGUCUUUAAUACUUUAUUAUGAAAGACUGUUAAUUCUGUGUGGAAAAAAAAAUCACAUAUGGGCUAAAGAGAGUUAGCCCAUUUUGUAUUUGCAUUCCUUCUAAUUUCCAAAAUAAAGUGAAAAGGACUUUUUCUUUCAAAUAACCUCAUUCCCAUUGAUAGCUUUUAUAUUGUUUUAUUAGUUUUCUUACCCAAAAUAAAGAUGUCAGUAUGAGCUGGAUUAUUCCAAAGCCUUCAUCAUAAACCUAGCACCUUUUUAGUUAUUUCGAUGGGGCAGGAACUAGGAUGUAUGUGAUUACUGCACUUUGUACCUUAAAUAAUCCCUUAUUCUAAGGGUAGAUCAUCUGCAGUAUUUGCUUAAAUCAAAAUUUGCUAGUGAUCCCAUUUUCUAAGUUGCUUAAAAAAAAAAAACAAUAGUGUUCUGUAUGCUUUGAAUUCAGAAAUCAUACUAUCUGGUUUGUAAGACAUGAAAACUAAAGCCAAUUUUGUUGCCUUACUAUGAAAAGAAUUUAGGAAGGUGCUUUUAACUAGGGUGUUACUUUUAAAGAAUAAUACAACUAAAUCAUGUUAAUAGUGACAAGAUUGCAAAAUUGGGAUGUGGCUCAAUGGUAGAGAGCAUAUCCAGUUGCACAAGGCCCCGGGUUUGGUCCUUAGCAAUGCAAAACAUAAUCAGAAGAUGAUUGUAAAACCAACAUAUACAGUUCAUUUAAACAGUCAUCCUAGAAGCAAAUUAAUAAGGAUAGGACUAGAUCAUUUCCGUUUAUUUUCCUUUUUAAGCAAGGGAAAGGAAACAAAUGCUAAGAAAGAGAAUAGGGACUGAUAUCAUGAAGUAACAAUCUUCAGUCUUAUAUUUUGUUUUUAUUUUCUUGGUCUUUUUUCCUUAGCAAUAUAGGGAAUUGUUUACUUGUAGACAAGUAGAAAGUAGUAUUUGAGGAAUUUUAAGAUUUAAAAAAAAUAAAAUGAACUGCUGUAUAAUCAAAUAGCUCACAUUACCAAAGCACUAUUUCCCUGGAAUUUUAAUUCCCAGUGUGUGACACCCAGCCUGAACUUUCAUCUGUUUCAAACAAGUAUAUUCACAUCUUGGCAUGUGGUCAUAUUUGUAGAAUGCUGAAUGCAGUGUGCUGAUUGUACUGUAUGCAAUUUUGCAGAGAAGUGAAAAUAAUUUGUUGUACUUUCUACUCAAUUCUGUAUAGAAUAUAAAAUUAUUUUUACUAAAUAAAUAUUUUACAAU